AUGCGUCUUUUCAACGCUCCAUUGCUGCUAAACUUUUUUCUUGUGAUCGCCGUUUUCACGGUUCUCGUCACAGCUGAUGAUCAAGGUGGUCAGAACUGCAUGCCGUGCUAUCCACACUCCCCACCACUGCCAUAUCCGUCGCCUCCUCCACCACCGCCAUAUCCGUCGCCUCCUCCGCCAUCACCACGGCCACCGUCUCACAAGAAGCCGCCAAGUAAUCAACUCUGCCCUCCGCCUCCCUCGUCGUUCGUAUACAUAACUGGUCCGCCGGGGGAGUUGUAUCCUAUUGACGAAAACUUCAACGGCGCCGCCGGGAAUUUGGUCACAAGGACGUUGCCUCUUUUCAUCAGCUGUGGAUUGUUGGGUCUUCUGGUUUUAAUAUGA